AUGGCGUAUAACAUAGCAAUGGUUUGCGACUUCUUCUACCCGCAACUAGGCGGUGUAGAGUUCCACAUCUACCACUUAUCGCAAAAACUGAUCAAGUUGGGACACUCUGUGGUGGUAAUAACGCACGCUUAUGGUGAUAGAACAGGCGUGAGAUACUUGAGCAAUGGAUUGAAGGUGUAUUAUGUACCCUACGUUGUGGUAUACCGAGAAACAACCAUCCCAACCGUCUUCGGCAGUUUACCAAUAGUAAGAAACAUCUUAAUUCGUGAACAAAUUCAGAUAGUACACUCGCAUGUGAGCGUGUCAUCGCUAGCACAUGAAAGUCUGCUGCAUGGCACGGUAAUGGGCUUGGAGACAGUUUUCACAGAUCAUUCGCUCUACGGGUUCGAUUCUGUGAACUCGAUUAUUGUAAAUAAAUUGCUUCGGUUUACUCUGACCAACGUAGGAGCUGUGAUUUGCGUUUCUAACACCUGUAAGGAAAAUAUGGCACUUCGGGCGCGAAUAGACCCAUCCCAGAUUUCAGUCAUCCCGAACGCGGUAGUGAGCCAGGAUUUUACACCUUUGCCCAAGAAGUCUACCAGAGUUCCAGGUCAAAUAACCAUCGUGGUGAUAAGCCGACUUUAUCCCAACAAAGGAGCAGACCUUCUCACACAUUUGAUUCCAAAGAUAUGCAAGAUCCAGCAAAAUGUUAAUUUCAUAGUAGGAGGCGACGGGCCAAAGUUCGUUGACUUUCAACAAAUGAUUGAAACUUUUCGUUUGCAUGAUCGGGUCCAACUCGUGGGUGCGGUCCAGCAUGAGAACGUACGGGACGUUAUGUGCCAAGGGGAUAUCUAUCUCCACGCGAGUCUCACCGAAGCUUUCGGCACCGCAUUAGUCGAAGCUUCUUCCUGCGGCCUGUUGAUAGUUACUACCACAGUGGGCGGCAUUCCAGAAGUUUUGCCCAAGCAUAUGACUGUUUUUGCCGACAAAACAUCGGUCUCUAGCCUAGUUGAUGCGACCCUUCGAGCUAUCAACCUUCUUCAAGAAAAUAAAGUUGACACCUCACUCUUUCACUCAGAAGUUGCCUCCAUGUACGAUUGGACCGACGUAGCAAAACGGACUGUUGUAGUAUAUCGCAACUUAAUCCAACAAUCAGCUUUCAAGGACAAAUCGUGGCUGCAGCUCUUGAAAAAUUUCAAUUAUCGAGAUAGGCCGUGGGCGCGAUGUCUGUAUACGCUAUGUGCACUUGUGGAGUACAUGUUUUUCAUAGCAUUAGAAUGGUGGUACCCGAGAGAUCAAAUUGACCUGGCGUGUAAAUGGGCAACUAAAGAACACUAA